CUCCUCCCCCCGCCUCGGGCCACCGAGAUGAAGGGACAGAAGGGCCGCCCUCUUUCAACCGAGGUCCCACCCCCGCUCGCCUGUCCGCCCACGCCUCCAGCGGAAGCCGGAAGCAAAGGCGGACCCUGCUAGCCCCGCGGCUUCAAACUCGGUGGUCUUGGAGGCUCCGCAGGAUGGGGGAGAAGAUGGCGGAAGAGGAGUUCCCCAACACGACUCAUGAGGGUCUCAAUGUCACUCUUCACACCACCCUGGUUGUCACCACGAAACUGGUGCUCCCGACCCCUGCCAAGCCCAUCCUCCCUGUGCAGACGGGGGAGCAGGCUCAGCAGGAGGAGCAGUCGAGUGGCAUGACCAUUUUCUUCAGCCUUCUUGUCUUAGCUAUCUGCAUCAUACUGGUGCAUUUACUGAUCCGAUACAGAUUACAUUUUUUGCCAGAGAGUGUUGCUGUUGUUUCUUUAGGUCUCAGAGUCCCACUUUUCUGCCUUCUCUGGAGUAUGCCUUCUCUGAAAAUCUGCCACUCUGGUAUUCUUAUGGGAGCAGUUAUAAAAAUUAUAGAGUUUAAAAAACUGGCAAAUUGGAAGGAAGAAGAAAUGUUUCGUCCAAAUAUGUUUUUCCUCCUCUUGCUUCCACCAAUUAUAUUUGAGUCAGGAUAUUCAUUGCACAAGGGUAACUUCUUUCAGAAUAUUGGUUCCAUCACCCUGUUUGCUGUUUUUGGUACGGCAAUUUCCGCUUUUAUAGUAGGUGGAGGAAUUUAUUUUCUAGGUCAGGCUGAUGUAAUCUCUAAACUCAACAUGACAGACAGUUUUGCAUUUGGCUCCCUAAUAUCUGCCGUCGAUCCAGUGGCUACUAUUGCUAUUUUCAAUGCACUUCACGUGGACCCCGUGCUCAACAUGCUGGUUUUUGGAGAAAGUAUCCUCAAUGAUGCAGUCUCCAUUGUCCUGACCAACACAGCUGAAGGUUUAACAAGAAAAAAUAUAUCAGAUGUCAGUGGGUGGCAAACAUUUUUACAAGCCCUUGGCUACUUCCUCAAAAUGUUCUUUGGCUCAGCAGCACUCGGCACUCUCACUGGCUUAAUUUCUGCAUUAGUGUUAAAGCACAUUGACUUGAGGAAAACGCCUUCCUUGGAGUUUGGAAUGAUGAUCAUUUUUGCAUAUCUUCCCUAUGGGCUCGCAGAAGGAAUCUCACUCUCAGGCAUCAUGGCCAUCCUGUUCUCGGGCAUCGUGAUGUCCCACUACACGCACCAUAACCUCUCCCCGGUCACCCAGAUCCUCAUGCAGCAGACCCUGCGGACAGUGGCCUUCUUGUGCGAAACAUGUGUGUUUGCAUUUCUUGGACUGUCUAUUUUUAGUUUCCCUCACAAGUUUGAAAUUUCCUUUGUCAUCUGGUGCAUAGUGCUUGUAUUGUUUGGCAGAGCAGUGAACAUUUUCCCUCUUUCCUACCUCCUGAAUUUCUUCCGUGAUCAUAAAAUCACACCAAAGAUGAUGUUCAUCAUGUGGUUUAGUGGCCUGCGGGGGGCCAUCCCCUACGCCCUGAGCCUGCACCUGGACCUGGAGCCCAUGGAGAAGCGGCAGCUCAUCGGCACCACCACCAUCAUCAUCGUGCUCUUCACCAUCCUGCUGCUGGGCGGCAGCACCAUGCCCCUCAUCCGCCUCGUGGACAUCGAGGAUGCCAAGGCACGUCGCCGGAGCAAGAAGGACGUGAACCUCAGCAAGACGGAGAAGAUGGGCAACACCAUCGAGUCAGAGCACUUGUCGGAGCUCACCGAGGAGGAGUAUGAAGCCCACUACAUCAGGCGGCAGGACCUCAAGGGCUUCAUGUGGCUGGAUGCCAAGUACCUGAACCCCUUCUUCACACGGAGGCUGACACAGGAGGACCUCCACCACGGGCGUAUCCAGAUGAAAUCCCUCACCAACAAGUGGUAUGAGGAGGUGCGCCAGGGCCCAUCCGGCUCAGAGGACGAUGAGCAGGAGCUGCUGUGAUGAAGCCAGAGCCAGGCAGUGGCUUCGAGGCAGGCAGGGCCACAGUGCCCCAUUCCGGGCUACCAGGGUGGCUGCUGGCUGCCCACAGACACCCAGCCGGGGCCCCCUGGAGGCAUGUGCAUUUGGCAUCCUCUUUAGGAUGCCAGAAAGCAGGGUGAGGAGAAGGCCGUGGGGUCACCUUAACCAGGAACUUCCCAGGCCUUUCGAGCCAGCUGGCUUCAUCUGAAACACCUCAUCCCCCCAUUCCUCCCUGGGUCGGACCUCUGCUCUCCGUGCUGCUUUUUGGCCCACAGAUUGGAGUGACCACCUGCCCCAGGUGAAACAUUUGCUUCUGCUUCUGCAGCCAGGGUGAUUGGGUGCCUGAGCAGAGGAGGGCCCUGCAUGGAGCCCCUCCAGAACACCAGGGCCCAUGUGACAGUGCCUGCCAUUUCCAAGCCUCAGCCUUCAUCACCACCCAGGAACAACCCCAGGAGCUGGCCUGCCAAGGCAGCUGGCACUCCCUGCUGGAAUGGUGUCUACACUAGCAGGCACAGACCCAGGUGCCCUUUUCCUUUGUGUCAAGGUGCCUUGGGCCUCAGCAGCAGCAAUUCUGACCUAGAGGCAGGGCCCAGAUAUCUGGAAAACUUCACACUCCCCUUUGUGAUGUUUCCUGCCCUCCCUGAGAGAAAAAAGAGUGGCCUUUCCUUCCCUGGCCAGCCCCUCCAGGCCAUCUCCCUGGGUGGCAGCCGCUCCUGGCUCUCCCUGGAAGGUGAAUGUUUACACUGGUGUUGAUCACUGGGGUACAGGGCCUUCUCUGGAACCCCGUGGGAAGCUGUGUCCCUGGGUUUUGGGGGCGCAAACCUUUCUGUAGGGUCAGAGUGCCCUCUAGAGGGAAAAGCUAGAAGUACAGGGUUUAUGCAGGCCAGCAGCUGCUGUCUUUUCAUGCAGUUUAAAUUCAUGCACUUUUACAAAGAAGUGAGAGCCUAGUAGUCACUCACUGCCAUCUGAGCCCUCCCUUACCACGAUUUCCCCUACUCAGUGGUUUUCGUUUGUCCAAUCAGUGGUCCCUUGUCCUGGGCUCUGUGGUGUCUGCCCACUGUUUACCAGCUGCCACCUUCACUGCUAAUUGGAGAUUUCUUCUGCUUACCUUUCUCCCGUUUCCCUACCAUCUUGGGUCCCACUCAUCCCCCAUGCUGGGGUCCCAGCUUAUAGAGCACUAGGGCAGAGGGCUGGACCAGCAGUGCCUGGAGCUCCUUCUCUCCGUCUCCCACCCUCCCCUCCCUUCACCCCCCUCGUGUGGCCUGGAGUCAG